ACGUACGCGUCUGCUACCAACGAUCCGCGUGCCGUUGAUCACGUGCAUCCACGCAAGACGCCGAUUCUCGCCGACUCUCACCGAGGCGACCGUGCUACCGUGCAAGCAAAUAGGAAGAGAGACAGAGACAGAGAGAGAGAGAGAGAGAGAGAGAGAGUCCUUGGUUAGUUUUCACACAGGAUUCAGGAUGUUGGAGAAGUUUCCACAUCCGAGGAAUACCGACUCGCAAUCCUCUGGGAGACCUUGAGAAACUUCUUCGAGGAUAACGGUGCAGGUUCGUUCAGGGGAAUGUUUUUAUAUUCGAGGUAACUCUAAGAUUCUGUGAAUCGAUACAUAACGAUGGAGAUCGAUGGAGCUGAAGAUUUACGUAAGUUUCAUCGAACCUCGUACGGAACUCCGUCUCCAUGCUGAUAACUCGAUUGCGGUGGUGUUAAUGGAAGGCUGAUCGGGAAUGAGGAAACCAUCCAACGUUUCACCCUGGAUCGAUGACCGUGACAAAAUGGUGGAUCGGCAAAAAGCACUUCUAAUGGUGUUAAUAGCUCUCUUAAUUUAUCCAAAUGACAUUUUUGGCGGUGCUUUUCCACCCGAAUUCGCUGAUACUAUACAAAAUGUAACAGUAUCGCUGGGAAGGGACGCAACUUUUACAUGUCUGGUCAAUCAUUUGGGGGGCUACAGGGUUGGGUGGCUGAAAGUGGAUACUAAGGCGAUCCAGGCGAUCCACGAUCACGUAAUAACUCACAAUAACAGGGUCUCGGUAUCUCAUAGCGAUCAUACCACGUGGAAUCUCCACAUAAAGAACGUACAAAAGGAAGACGAGGGGCUCUACAUGUGUCAGAUUAACACAGAUCCGAUGAAAAGUCAGACAGGCAUGUUGUCGGUCGUCGUGCCACCGGACUUUAUUCCGGAAGAGACAUCGAGCGAUGUCAUGAUACGCGAAGGAGGACAGGUGAAGUUAACGUGCCGUGCAAGAGGCGUGCCUACACCCAGCAUAUCGUGGCGUAGAGAAGACGGGAAGAACAUUAUAAUUCGGAAGCCAUUUGCAGGAAGCGCCUUGAACCAAAAGUCUCAUGUGACUUCAGUAAACGAGUACCACGGCGAAGAGCUAAAACUGACAAAGAUCUCGAGAAACGAAAUGGGAGUUUAUCUCUGUAUCGCCAUCAACGGUGUGCCACCGGCGGUCAGCAAACGUAUUUCUAUCAACGUUCAUUUUUCACCGGUAAUUCAUGUACCUAAUCAACUGGUAGGUGCACCUCUGGGUACGGAUGUUGUCCUGGAAUGUUUUGUCGAGGCUUCGCCCAAGUCGAUUAAUUAUUGGGUCAAGGAUAACGCGAUGAUAAUAUCGAGUCAACAACAUGACGUGCAGAUGAUCGAAAAAUCAAAGUUCGAGGUCCGGAUGGUGUUAACAAUUCGCAAUUUACAAAAAGACAACGUGGGUACUUACAAGUGUGUAGCCAAAAAUUCUCUUGGUGACGUCGAGAGCAGUAUUCGAUUGUAUGAAAUUUCAGGGCCCACAAAAACUCAAACAGUUGCUCGGCCAUCUUUUUACGACGAAGAGGAUGAGACUGUCUAUGGUUCGGCAGAAAUCGAGAAAAUGGAGAACAAACCUCUAUCCGUAGACAAUACGAUCAGUGGACACGUAGGAUAUCCAUCGGUUGCAACUGCAGUGCCGACCGUAAGGAUCGCUAAGAAGAGGCCAACAAUCAGCGCCAAUUCUAACGCGAAUCAUCGUCGACGAGCCUCUGAUCUCCUCAUCAUUUUAAUGCUGAUCAUUGCUUGUGAGAGAUGUCAGUGAACAAACAGGCAGAUAAAGGUUUGGAAAAUCUGCUGUUAUUAGAUGUAGGUAUAUUAAUAUCGUAAUAAUGUAAGAAAGGAUUGAUGUACGAUGCGCUUUAUUUUACAUUAAUUUUGUGCAGACCAGGCACGUAUUCACUUUCCUCAGUGACUUAUUCUUACAUUGUAAUUUUAAUGAUAAGAGAGCAAACAUGAAUUGAUUUUGGCGAAUCGGUGAAACGAUGGAAGGAUUUGGAUUGAAAUGAGAUUGUACGCAUUGCAACGUAUAGGAACAGGAUUUUGAAAUUGGGAGAUUGUAAAUGAAAAACCUUUCAAGAAAUUAAACGAAUUUAUAUUAAGAUUGUGUCUUUGAAAGAAGUGUCCUAUAAAGAAAAGGAGAUAUCAGUAGUAGCGUAAGUUUUAUUCAUCGAACAAUUAAUAAUUUUGAAUUUAAUGCUCAAAUUAUAAAAAAAAUGUAAGUGAACUUGUAGAAUCGUUUCGUCCUCUCCGAUUUUAAUGAUUUCUUAAUAUGUUGUAAAGUUCAAUAGUUUGGAAAUUUUUCCCUAUACAUAUAACCAUCGGUCUUAGUUUCCAAGAUAUUUAUAUUUAUAUUUAUAGUUUCCUAGCAAAAAUCUGUAGAUACUACUACGAUGUAUUUCUGCCUAUAGUUAUGCGCGCGUGGCAGCAUAUGCGUCAGCAUUGGUUGCCGGUCGCGUAUCUCCUGUUUAUAUACGAGAGUCGGGCGAGCUUAAAGGCCUUGUGCACAACUGCAUAUGUUAGGCUGCAAGAAAUGUCUAUAAUAAUUCACUUAAAAAUGAAUAUUAUCAAUUUAUUGGGUUUAGGUUUUGAUCUGGUUUAGUUUUUUUAAUUUGGUCAUUGGGAGAUGGCCGACAACGCUUGCGUGAAAUGAUAACAAAUUAAUUAUAAUAGUAAUAGGCGAAUGAAUAAUUGAUACUAUUUUAUGAAAUCAAACAAUCGUUAUUAGUUCAUGCGAACCUAGACGUAAUACAUUGACGAUAUUCACUUUUAAUUGAGUUAUAAGUUAUAACAAAACAUUUCUUGCAGCGUCGCAUAUGCAUGUUGUACACGGGGCCUUUAACCUUGCUAAUCCUCGUUCAUAAACAGAAGAUAAGCGGCCGGUGGCAGGCAACUUAUGCAUCGUUGCGAUUGACACACUAUUAUAGGUAGAAAUACAUUGUAGUGGUACCUGCAGUUGUUUGCGAAUGUCUCGUAAACUAUGUCAGAUCGACGGUUAUAUGUAUAGGAAAAAAAUGUUUAAAAUGUUGAUUUCUCUAAGAUAUUAAGAAAUCAUCAAAAUCUCGUAUGACGGAACACCUAUAAAUUCAUCAAAAUGUGCAUAUACAUAUAUAAUGUGCUUUAUAUCCCAUGACAUUUCUGUCAUGAGGUUCAUACUGUAUAGUAUCUCCUUUUACAGCAGACGUGUUUUGUGGGGGAUAGUAGAUAAUUCUAGUAGCCACUUAUUUGUUUGAAAACAUCUUUUGUAAUUAGUUUUAAGAGCAAUUUAAUAGUUUUAUGGUGGUGUUAGAAAAUCCUAAAGACUUUGGGAUAUGAAACCACCAUUAGAUGUUUUAUUCUAAUUGAUAACUGAUAAAUUAUUUCUUAAAUAUGUUCAUAAUUGGACUAUGUUUCUGUAUUUCUGUAAUCAAUAGUCACUUCUAUGUAAGUAAAUUUUAAUACAAAAUGAUAUGUUUCGUAUCCUAAAAUUGAAAGGGUUAGUUUCCUUUAGUUUAUUUUUUUUUGCAAUUAAAUAUUCUAUUCAUACAAAUUCAAACAAACAAGUCUAAGUAUCCCAGAGUGCUGCAAAAUGAAGACUGUUAUUCAAAAAAUGACGCUUUGAUAUGUGCAGAUGUGUGACAUCCGUGAUUUACAUUUUGAAGAAAAAUCUAAAAAAUUUUCUUGCUUUUGGUACUUGAAAAUUUCUGAGAAUAUGUUUCCUAUAAAGGAAAAUUGAGAAAAGAUGUUUCCCAUUAUAAAAUGGUAUAUCGCUUAAUUUUUACGUGACUAGUAGCCUACAAACGGACCACGGAACUUGUAUUUUUACGUGAGUGGUAUAAUGUGUUCUAUGCUAUAAACAUGGGCUCGCGUUCUGCUUUUUAAGAUCGUCGACGUUCGAACGUUUCUUCUGAAUGAAAUUAAAGUAGCUACACCCUAAAUUGUAGACAGUCCGAGAUAAAUGCAAAUGUGGACAAUCUAACUCGAGCAUAUAAGAAUGUUUCACAUAUGUAUGUAUGUAUUACAUAGGUAAGUAACAGAGAAAACGAGACAUGUGAUUUGCGAGCGUAUAAUGAAACAAGAUGUUAAAGCUUUACUUUGAGUGAAAGCAAAAUGGAUAAAAUAUUUAUAUUAACAAGAUCAUUCAUACAGAUAUAUACGAAUAUGUUGUUUGCAUCGAUCUGAUUAUUCGUAUCGAUAUAUAUCCUGUUUCGUUUACUCGUUGAGAAAAAAGUAAGACUUUAAGUCUUUUAUAAGGUCUGCCAUAGGGAAUGCUACACAUAAAUACACGAUACGAUUGCAUCGCGAAUGUUCAAUAAAACUAUUGGAUAUGUAAAAGUUAUAUCCUCGUUUCAUACCUACACGAAAAAUUUCAUAGAAAUUUAUUUUUCUGGAAUGUUUUUAGUUUGUAGAAUUUGAUAUCUUUAAUAGGUAAAAAUUUCUUUCCUACAAAUCUCUGUCCCCUUAUCAAAUUAAUACACAAAAGUCGUGUAAAAGUUUAGUUUUCUAACUAAUUAGUUUUCUAGAAGUUCAUCUGAUUUAAAUUCGAUACACUUUGUGAAAAUCUUGAUACUGUAACAACUUUAAUCGUGAGUAAUUUAAAGAUUCAUCGUGAUCACCAUUAUCAAUCCUUGUCAUACUACGCUCUGAUUAAAUUUAUACGAUAAUAAUGACUAAUCUAAAAACUCUGAAAAGGCACGAUCCUGUUAAUUUUGAAGAUGAUAAUAAGCUAGCAAAGUAGAAAAGGUUUGAAACGACGAUGUAAGAAUAAGAAACUUAAGAGGAAACAAAGCAAGGAAGGGUAGAUGAAGAUAAAACCUACAAUCCUGGCAACAUAUAGACACGCAUACACAUAUGAUACACAUACGUUAUAUUCGCAAAACAAACUGCCAGGUUUGUACUUCUUAUGUCAGUUUCAACGGCAAUAAAUUCGCGUGAUGUGCAUGUACAUAUGCUUGCACACGUAUCUAUGUAUCAUACACACGCAAGCUCGCACGUGUACAUGUGUGUGCAUAUUGACACGUCAGGGUAACUAAGUUAUCUGUAUAUGUAAGUAGACCUCGUAAGCGGCAAGUAUUAAUAGGGUGUAUCGCAUUUUUAAUCGCUGUCGGCGGUAGCUUCUUAAGCGUUCAGUAUCAAACAUCUUGACCAAGGCGGAUGCUUUAACGGACGGAUUCCUUCGGUCGGACCAAGUGAUUUUAGGCAUCGCGUAUAUACGUCUAUCUAUAUGUACACACACUCGCUUACGAACGACAGAUCGAACCUUGAUUAGAUACGUGCGAUCUGUUUAUUUACCUAUGUCAAUUUAACGUUAUUAUAUCUUUAUUUAGAAAUAAACGUAUACAUCUUUUCGGAAUAUGAUACACUGGAUAAUGAUAUUAUUUUAGGUAGUGCAGCAUUUAUGUGAAUAGUUACGAUUAGGUAGUGUUGUUGUACAUUUGUCUUCCCACGUAAUCGCCUUUGGCAAAAACCAAACAUUUACUUUUUCGUAACUAAUUGAUUUCUCCAUCAAUACUUACAAUAAUCUUUUAUUUCCUCUUUUUUUCCUAUUUUUCGAAUUAAAGUCGAGCUCUUUCAUCUGUCAUAAAUUUUGUAAAUGUAUUAAUCGCGAGUCAAUAGAACCGGUUCGAAAUCAGUUCGCUGUUUAAUCGUAUCGCAAACUUUCAUAUCGAAAAGAUGAAUGAAAAGGUAUGAGUAUGUGCAAGUUAAAACGAAAACUUUCAUUUGCGUUGCCUCGAUUCGCUUUGAAACGAAGGUUUUCUGAACUUUGUUAUCUAAAAUAUAACGUAGAUCCAUUUACAAAAUAAUACCUUUGAACAAUAAUUUCUCUCCUUCUAACAAUGCAUAUAUGCUUUCGCAUAUUUCUAAUAAAAAAGUUCGCAGACGACAACUUAUUGGUAAUCCUUUUCUAUAUUCAUACAGAUCGCACGAUCCCUCAUCGAGGAUCCCGUUUGUUUGUUCAUUCCUUCUAAACUCUAGAUGAAGAGACAUAGCGAGUGUGUUGUUUUCUGUAAAUGUGCGAAUCCUGCUUUUUCUGAAGUAUUUUGGUUGAAUAGAAACAGGCGGCAACGGUAAAUGAGCGUGAAAAAGAAAGAUAUUCGUGAUAUUUUUGUACAUAUUUUCGACCGUUGAUAGCGUUUUCUUUUGCGUUUCCUCCCGUUAAUUGUAUAAUUAUAUAUGGACGCGGAAUGUUCGGUUUAAUCCCUUCGUAACAGCAGGAAGAAGAAUGAGAGUAGGAAGGAAGAGAACUUGUACAGCUAGCUGAAAAUCGUGUAAUCGGGGAUUAGAGCGUGACAAGUUUAACGUCUGAUUAUGACUUCGCGUCAUCGGACGCUUCUGACACGACUGUUACUAAAUAGAUGAAUGUCCUCCAGAUUUUUCGGUACUCGAACCUCGAGAACGACUAAAUUAGCGACUGCUGCUAUCAUUUCUUCGUCGAGAGGCUGCGUAGGUACUUCUCUACUGUGCCAUUUCUAUCGCUAGAGUGAUUUAUUUUUUUAGAAGGUUUAAGCGUUUUUUUCUUUUGAAGGUAACGUCUUGAAGAUUUAAAGAAGUUCCCAAGCUCUCAAAUCAAAUGGUUCAUGGCUAACAUCGAAACGUUACCAGGGAUUAGAAGUAGGCUAAGAACACUUUUGCACAACUAUUUGAACAUGAUUGAAAAGAUGCAAUGAUACACGCUUUGCUUCCUAAUAUUAUAAUAUGCAUAUGUACUUGCAUGAUAUCGCGCUAAAAAUAUUUUCCUUUUUUACCAUUUAACAGCUAGGAUGAUAACUAUGGGAUGAGACUGAGAAACUCAGAAAUUAUUGGUACGUUAAUUGACUCUUUUUUGGUGUUACAAGUAUUAUGUCAUACAUUGUUUGAUUUCUUUGUGUUAUUUUAUAAAAAGUGAUAAUUUGUCGUUUGUUUAUUUGUUGUUGUUGUUGUAGUUAUAAAUGUCAUUUCUAAGAAGAAUGUUAUAUUAAAUUAUAAAUAAAUAUAUUACUAAACUGUUAUUUCUUGAAGUUGAAGAUAGAUAAAAUGAAUUGUCGUAUAAUGGAGAAAAAUGG